AUGAGAGCUUCUCUUUCGUUUCUCAUUGCACUUGUAUUGUCCAGUCAUGUCCAUGCCCGAGGGCUGAAACCUCGUCAGACAUCAGGAGCGACCUUCAUAUCGCCUUCGUCUGCUCCAGGUACAAACAGUUCCGGCGAACGCAUCCUGCACCACACAGACGUACUACAUCAACACACGCACCACAUCGAGCUCCCAGUCCCCUCCUUGCAACUCCUCGACCUCUUCCGCGCCUCGAGCCUCGACCUCUUGCACUGUCCUUUACCCCAAUACGACUUCGUCAAGUGCCCCGUGCUCGACUUCCUCUUCUUCCAGCUCCGUUUGCUCGACCUCCUCUUCCUCGAGCACCCCAUGCUCGACCUCCUCGUCGUCUACGCCUUGCUCGAGCUCUUCCACAAGCACUCCGUGCUCGACUUCUUCCUCUUCUCCGCCGUGCUCGAGCUCUUCUUCUUCAACGAGCUCGUGCUCGAGUUCCUCGUCAUCCACUCCAUGCCCAAGCUCGAAGACAUCGCAUACCUCACACGUAAUGACUCUUCAUCCCACUCGAUCAUCUCGGCCCUAUCCCUGGACGACUGUAACCUCGGUCAUCAGCUCCACGGUCUUGGUGGGCUGUCCGAGCUCGACUCACUCCUCCGUCGUUUGUCAGAAGAGCGACAUGACCUCGAGCACAUACAAGUAGUGACUGCCAGUUGCAAUUCUUGCAUUGGCGGAAGCUCAAGCACUUGGUUCUACGUCACUUCAACCAGUUCCGGGCCGUGUUUGAGUGCUUCCAAGACAGCUUCUAUGGUCGUGUCUUCUGCGAAGCCCACUGCACCCAUUAUUGCGACCGUGGUCACUGUUGACGUGUCGAAGCCUCCUCGAACAAGCACUCAAACGGUGACUUCUACUCAGAAGGUGGUGAAGGAAAGUUCUGUCCUCACUAUUCCUAUCGCAUCGGCCAAGACAAUCGCUACUGUUGUGGAGUCUGCGGCGUCGCCCUCUCGCAACAUGGACUUCCCGUCUGUCAGCACUGUGGUGGUGGUCUCGCCUUCUGCUUCAAUGAACAUCCCAUCUGUUGGAGCCGUGGUGGUGGUCCCACCCCCUGCUUCAGUGAACACGCAGACGACGGUCACGAUUCCGAUCUCCAAGAUACUUACCACAUGCCCCUGUACUACGCCCUUAGUACAGCCUCCUGCAUCAUCACCAAAGUCACCAGACGUUCCUGCCACCUUGAUGGCAUCUCCUCCGGCCGCUCCUACUACGGUCGUAUCAAUACCAGCAUCCUCACCAGUCUCGCCAGCCACACCGAGUUCAAACUCUCCUCCAGCACAGAUGUCGCCUCCGGGACAGAUGCCACCUCCAUCUACGGCGCCUCUUGGCCCACCCUCGUCACCUGUCAUUAUGCCCCCUCAGAACAGCUCGCCCCCUCAGAACAGCGUCCCACCUGGUAACGAUAUGCCGCCACAAGGUAGCGCUCCUCCAGCUGCACCAGCUUCUCCAGCUCCUCCACAGAGUGGCCCACCCGAGCAGCCUAGUUCUCCUCCAAAGACCAACUCUCCACCUGCAGUAAAGACCAACACUCCUCCGGGUACUACUCCCAGCGUUCCUGCCACAAAGCCGAGCAUGCCGCCCGCCACUGACACAAACAUGUCUUCGGGCACCGUCCAAAGUGUCAAGAUUUCCGUGCUGACCUUCAUGGCGCCUGUUGCUGUAGCUGUUGCAGGGAUGCUCCUGUAG